UACGUCAAGAGUCGGCGGAAUGUAUAAAAGCCAGCCGCUUUCGUGCCGAGAUUCAUUCCCUACCAAAGAUCUUUUGUCAAACCAAAGACAUCUCCCGUGAAUCAGAAGCUAUACAACAGCUGCAACCAUGAAGUUCUUCGUCAGUGCUGCUGUUUGCGCCCUCGUGGCCUGCACUGUCUUCGCUGAAGACGCGAAAAAGAAAGACGAGAAGAAGGACGUGGAGGCCCGUGGAGGCAUCCUGGGUGCUGGAGUCGGACUUGGUGGCGUUGGUGGUGGAUACGGCGCUGGAGUUGGCCCUGGUCUCGUCGGUGCCGGUCUAGGAGGGGCUGGCCUCGGUGGAGCUGGUCUAGCCGGAGCCGGUUACGGUGGAGCAGGCCUCGGUGGAGCUGGUCUUGCCGGAGCCGGUUACGGCGGAGCAGGCCUCGGGGGAGCUGGCCUAGCCGGAGCCGGUUAUGGGGGAGCAGGCCUCGCUGGAGCCGGUCUCAGUGGUGCUUGGACUUGCGGGUCCCGCACUCGUUGGCCCUGGAGUCGCAGGCGCCGGAGUUGUGGGCAGCCCAGCUCUCGUUGGUGCCGGUCUUGGACACGGCGUUGGCGUCGGCCACGGCGUCGGCGGUGGUUACCAGUCCGGCUACGGAUCUUCAGCGGGAGGUCAUCAGUCUGGAUAUCAGGGCGGCGCCUCUGGACACAACCAGGGAUCCGGAGCAUUCGCCGGUGGAGCGUCUCACAGCAAGGUUAACGCCUACAACAACAACCAGGGCUACAGCCACAGCUCCGGCUUCUCGUCCAGCGACAGCAAGAAAUUCGGUUCUGGCUUCAACCAGGGAUCUUCUGGUUUCAAAAAUGGCGCUGCGGGACACCAGGCCGGUUUUGGACAGUCCUCGUACGGCAAGACUGCCGGUGUUGGAGUUGGUGGCGUCGGUCUCCAUGGUUAAAUGUAGGUGCCACUGCUCAGGCUGCAGAAGCAAUGUGUAGUGUUAGGGCAUUUCAUUUUGUUGCCCUCAGGACGCAUAAACAAGGCUCUGAUCAGUUCUUGCUGGGAAAUUAUCUUAAUGUGCUAACUUUAGUAACUUACAGAAUGAGAAUGUGCCGAAGCAAAUUUAGUAGACAAAGAGACCAUUCUUCAGGUCGGUUAAUCGUCACUAAUUUGCUUAUUCAAAAGUACAAUUGUUUUACACAUAAUUUUGUGUUGAAAAUGAAAGGAAGGCUUCAUUAAAGUCAUGUACUUUCCUCCUAGAUUAUGUCUACAUGCAGUCUUAUACAGUGAGGUGUGGAAUAUAAUGAACGUGUCUUU